AGCAAUUGUUUUUAGUUCAGAGGGAAUGAAUUUGCAUAACAAUUAUACUGUCUAUCCAACAUGGAAGCACAUUUUCAAAGCACAGACCCAGUCUUUCCCUAACAAGAUGCAAUAGAAAAGGAAAACAUUUUGUCCUUCAGGCAAUGUGUAAAUUGCCUGAAUUAACAAUGGGUUGUCUGUGCAGCCCCACAUUCUGCCUUCCAGCUCACAUGGACGGAGUGAUUCUGUUGAGCGGUGCCAAACAUUGGCUACUCUUCAGACUUCUUGUAAGCCUUGUUGGGGAAUUUCAACCAAAGAAACUUGUUUCCUGUUUUAGCCUGCUAUUGAGUGAGAGUCAGUCAUUGUUGUGUAAGGAGUAUUAAGGUCUGGAAGUGUGAGUGUGUGUUGGGUAGACCACCCUGUGUGUUAAGCAGCUGCUCUUCAUUGUGCUGGCACCUGUAAUAACAGGAGGCCUGACUGGGCAGCGGCCAGUAGAGGCAUGGACCAUCUCCAAUCUUAUUCAGGAGGGCACAAUAUAACAGAAUGCCCAGCCGCAAGAUAGAACUGUGUUGUCUAGAACUGACUCUCGUGUGAAGUAGAAUCUCUGAUCUAAGGUCAUUUGUGCAUGUUAUUAUUUCCUUAUGGUUAAGGUUGGGGCAUGAUAAGAGGAUUUGUGCAUGUUAUUAUUUCCUUAUGGUUAAGGUUGGGGCAUGAUAAGAGGAUUUGUGCAUGUUAUUAUUUCCUUAUGGUUAAGGUUGGGGCAUGAUAAGAGGAUCCUAGAUCUGUUCAUGUUUCCCUAAAUUUUGUCUCAUUCAACAAAGAAAGUGGCCAGCACUGGUCACUGCACCCAGACUAUGUUCAACAUUUACACUGAAAGAAUGAAACCUGUGACAGAUGGAAAGAGGCUUGCCCUUUCCUUCAGUUAUUUUCAGCCUCUCGCAUUUUCUGGAUGACGUACCCCUGUCUUCUGUUGGAAACACUGCUUCAUUAUGUAUGUGCAGAUAAAGGAGUGAGAAGCAUCAAUGCUGUGAUUUUAUGUCCAGUUCAUCAGUGGGGGCUCAAAUUGGUAACUAAGUCCCUGCAUCUGGCACACACCCCUCCCAGCUGCUUUGCUUUCCAGCUGUGUGUGUGUGUGUGUGUGGUGUGUGUGUUACCCCUUGCUUUAGUUGGACUGAGCUGUUGACUUUGAACCAAUCAGAUUCACCCACGGUAAGUCCUGGAAGGGCAUUAACACUCACACAGGAUGUGUGCAUCAAUGUGAGUUUGGGAGACGAGAGACUAACAAGAAACAGCAAGGAAGGGAGCUAGACCAAAAAAAAUCUAAUUUGCUCUCCUUGUCACACAUUCUGAAGAUGGACUACAGCUGUUCUAACCUAGAGACACUCAGAAAGCCUCUCCGCUACCUCAGUAAUGAGGAGGCUGCGGCCUUGGAGGCAGAGUUGUUGGGAGAGUAUCGCUUUGGACCGCAGCAACUGAUGGAGAUCUGGGGCCAUGCCUGUGCCAUCGCUAUCACCAAGGCCUUCCCCCUGAGUUCCCUCAAGAGGCAUCCUACAGUGUUGGUGAUCUGUGGUCCCAGUCAGAAUGGCUGUAUUGGUCUGGCCUGCGCUCGCCACUUACGCAUGUUUGACUAUAUGCCCACAGUGUACUACCCCAAGCGCUCUACUCUGGCCCUGCACCGGGACUUUACAGUACAGUGUGAGAAAACGGACAUCCCUUUCCUCUCAUUUCUUCCCGCAGAGGUGCAGCUGAUAAACGAUGCAUAUAACCUGGUGGUGGAUGCCAUCUUGGGGCCGGAGACGGAGCCGUCUGAUAUCAGUGAGCCCUACAGCAGCAUCCUGCUCACCCUCAGACACAUCCGUAUCCCCAUCGCCAGUGUGGACAUCCCCUCAGGGUGGGACGAGGCCAACGUUGACUGUAUAAACCCGACAGUGCUCAUCUCCCUCAUGGCACCAAAGAAGUGUGCUGUCGGUUUCAGUGGGACACAUUACCUGGUGGGACGCAUCCUGCCCUAUGACAUCCAGAGGAAGUAUGAGCUCAAUGCACCAGAAUACCAUGGCACAGACUGUCUGGUUGAGCUAGGGUAAACAAACAGAUGCUCUGUUUUUCCAAGGGUUCGAUCAAACAUUUAGAAGUAUAGACCUUCCUUCAUCCUUGAGGUUAUCUACUGAGUAAAUAUUAUUGCUUUCACCAAACAUUUCACAUCAGAUCAAGGGAAGAAGGAAGGAUGCCUUAUUUGUAAUGAGGAUAUGUAGCAGAUAUCUCUUUCUUAGUGUGACAAGGAAAUAGAGCUUUCUGUAUAUUCAUAAUCUAAGAGAACCGGUCAGAUUGAACCGCGAGGAAGUUUGCACAGCUGUAUAAAAUAUGAUGUAACGUUUGCCAAAAUAAACACGAGCUGUUAGUAA